AUGUCAAAAGUGGAAUUGAAGAAGAGCCUAGAGAAGAUAGAAAGUGCUAUAAAUGAUGCGUGUGAAGUUUUGAAACAACUGAACUUGCCAGGUGGACGUGACGAUGAUGGGAGGCGAGCUGUUGCUACCAAUUCACGCCGUGCAGUCACUACUGCAGCCCCUCCGAUAGGAGUAAUUGGUCGGGAUAAGGAUCGUGACAAGAUAAUCGCAAUGCUUCAUGAGAAGGAAGACCUUUGUCAAGCAAAUACUGCCGGUGAUACAUGUUAUUCUGUAAUUGGCAUUCAUGGCAUGGCUGGGGCAGGGAAAUCAACACUUGCACAGUGUGUUUAUGAUCAUGAGAAGAAGUGUAAGCAAGAAAAAUUGGAAGGCCAUUUCGAUAUUGUCAUGUGGAUUCAUGUUUCUCAGCAAUUUGGUUUGGAUUCCAUUUUUAGGGAGAUGUUUGAGGGGGCUACAGGGAAAGCAUGCGAUAACUUCAAUAGUCGUAAUGUCUUGAAGGAAAAACUGGAGGAUGAACUGCGUGGGAAACAGAGUUUGCUGGUACUGGAUGAUGUCUGGUACAACAGUAGGAAUUCAGGAGACCGUGAAGAACUACAAAUGUUAAUUUCUCCGCUGAAUGUUGGAAAGGCAGGAAGUAGAAUCUUGGUGACCAGUCGAACUGAAGCUGGAUUAGUAGCUCUGGGUGCUGUAAAAGAGAGAUGUAUUCCAAUAUCUGACCUGGAUGAUAAAGUGUUCCUUGAAAUGUUCAUGCGUUAUGCACUUCGAGAUGCAAGGGUAAGUGACCACGAUCGGUUAAUACUUGAAAUGAUUGGAGCGGACAUUGCGAGAAAGCUGAAGAGAUCACCACUAGCAGCCAGAACAGUGGGUUCACGUCUCCGUGAGAUACAAACUGUCCAGUUUUGGAGGAGUCAGAAAGAUAGGGAUCUUAUGAACGACACAAUGGGAGCUCUGUGGUGGAGCUACCAGUAUCUUGAUGAGCAGGUCAGGCGAUGCUUCGCUUACUGCAGUAUUUUUCCCAGGGGAUAUCGUUUGAACCGUGAUGAGUUAGUUAAGUUGUGGGAAGGCUGA